UCAUUCAAGCCCUACGAGACUGAUCCCCGUGCGGGAGGUUUUGUUGCCCAACGCUUUAUGACUGGUAUUCGUCCGCAAGAAUUUUUCUUUCAUUGUAUGGCUGGAAGAGAAGGUCUGAUCGAUACGGCAGUGAAGACAUCUCGUUCUGGAUAUUUACAGAGAUGUCUAAUCAAACAUCUCGAAGGACUGGUUGUUAAUUACGAUAUGACUGUUAGAGAUAGUGAGGGAAGUGUUGUUCAAUUACUCUAUGGAGAGGACGGACUCGACAUUCUUAAGAGUCAAAUGCUUAAAGAGAAAGUCAUACCAAUUGUGAUACAAAAUAACGACGCUUUGAGACCCACUUCUAAGGAAUUGAAAAUAUUAGACGAAAGAAAAGAUAAAAAUUUAUUGUCAUAUCAGAAGCGAAUCGAGCAAUGGUUGAGUGAAAACAACACUUUUCGACUCAAAGACAGGAGAUCUGCGUUCUUGAGUUUCUCCGCACAUAUGGCUCAUGAGAAUGCAAUGUCCAAAGAAGACAUGAUCACCAAAUGGACUAAAUUGAAGACUAAACGCAAACAAAAAUAUGUGAAGUUAUCGAAGGGUUGUCCCGACCCCAUCACGAGUGUCUUUCGGCCUGAUGUUAACAUUGGGUCAAUAAGUGAACGCUUGGAUGCAAUUAUAAGUCAAUAUAUUUACAACAAUCCAGACCAUCUUCUGAACAACCCGUCGGAACCAUUAAGCAUAUCAUCCGCAGAAUACAAACAGACAAUGAAUUCCUAUUAUAUGAAGAGUCUGUGCCAACCGGGAGAAGCGGUUGGACUGUUGGCCGCCCAGUCUGUGGGCGAGCCGUCAACUCAGAUGACGCUCAAUACGUUUCAUUUCGCCGGAAGAGGAGAAAUGAAUGUUACGCUAGGAAUACCUCGACUCAGAGAAAUCCUAAUGACUGCCAGCCCUAAGAUAUCGACACCGAGUUUAGACAUUCCGUUUGUCCGCAACUUUGACGGAGAUAUCGAAUUGGAAGCGGAAAGAAUGCGAUUAAAGCUAACUUCAGUCAAACUGUCGGAUGUGCUCGAGUUUGUAGACGUGUCGGAAACACUUGAAAUUGACCAAUGCUUUCGUAACCGUACAUAUGAUCUUAAGUUUCAGUUUUUGCCGCAAAAACUAUAUAAAAACAAAUGCUAUACAAAAUCGAGUUAUGUUUUAAAAUAUAUGGAAAAUAAGUUUUUCAAGAUAUUGAUUGAUUCCAUUAGUAAAAGGAUUAAAAUAUUAUCCAAAUCUCACGGAUUGUUUGAUCACUCGAUUCGCGUUAAAACUACGAUCAAAACCAAAGACACCGAAAACGGAGAUAACGACGACUCUAACGACUCGUUUGAUAUGAACAAAAACAAUGUCACCCAUAAUGACAACGAAGAAGAUAUGAGUUCUGAUGAAGAGAAUGGCGGUCACGACGACGGAGACACCACUGCUCUCCGCAACAAAUCUCGACACAAUCAGGACCUCGAAUAUGAAGAACCGGAUGACGAAGAGAUUCAAGUGAUAGCCGACUCUGACAUCGAAGAAAUAACCGAUGAGACCGUCGCUGAGGUGGACAUUGAUUUGAACGAUGAUUCGCAACAAAUGACUGCAAAUGAGGGCCAAAGUGAUAGACGAACGCAAAUGAAGCGAAGAAAGAGUGUCCGACGCGCGGAACUCGAGGCACAACGCGAUGAACGACUCAAUAAAGUGAAGAACAUUAGCACUACUAUUAUUGACUAUGACUUCGACACACAUCGGGAGGAGUGGUGUCGACUCAAAAUCAAAUACGAUUUACUCAACAGUAAAUUAGAUAUGACUUCACUUAUCGAAGAGGAGGCCAACAAAGCCUAUAUCCAUAAAGUGGGACGAAUUGAACGCGCGUUUCUCGUCAAAGACCCCAAAGCGGCCAAAAGGGGCGACACAUUCGGCAAACUUCUCAAGACUGAAGGCAUUGGUAUAUUAGAUGUCGUUCUUUACGACCAUAUAUUCGACAUAAACAGAAUCUACACGAAUGACAUCCACGCCAUCGCCAAUACCUAUGGCAUUGAAGCGGGCGCUCACGCUAUUCAACGAGAGAUCUCUAAUGUGUUUGCAGUUUACGGCAUUCAUGUGGACGCCAGACAUCUUUCGCUUAUAUCCGAUUACAUGACAUUCAGCGGACAAAUCAAAGGAAUGAACAGACAGUCAAUGGACGGCGUUUCACCCAUUCAGGCCAUGACUUUCGAAACCACUACUACUUUCUUGAAGAACGCCGCACUCAUCGGUAAUUACAACCUUUUCUCUCUUAAAUUCGGUAUCAAAUUAAUUGUUUAUCCCAUUUAUAAAGGAUUGACCGAUGAUUUAUCGUCUCCUUCGGCCCGUAUAGUAGUUGGCAGGCCAUCAGUUGUGGGCACAGGUAUUGUUGAGACCCUUUGCAAUCCAGUGUUAGUGACCGGCACUAAACCCAACCAAACGUUUGGAAGUGUAAUUCAGUCCUCGAAAUGGAAGUCAAACAGGAAUUCGGGAGUCGUUAGAGGACUGACCUGUUGUUUGCGUUCCUCCUCCUCACCGCUCGAAGUCUGCGACAUUCGCGGCGGUCUGUCGUGCGAGUCAUACCUAUCCCUUCCAUCUUUGUCUUUACGCCGAUCCCUAUUGUUAUUGUUGUUGUNAGUGAAUUUGGGUCCCAACCCAUACGGUUUGAUUCACUGCUGCUAUGAAUUAUAUGGCGGUCCCGUCUCGUCGGCACUUCUCACCAGUUUUGCCCGUCUCUGCACUAAUUAUCUGCAAAUACACAGAGGUUUUACUUUAGGUAUUUACGACAUUCUCGUCGACCAAAUGCCAAAUGAAAAGCGAAAUAAGUUUAUAAAACGGGCCAAAAAGAUGGGUCGAAAAGCGGCGGCAGAAGCGAUGGGUCUUCAGGAAAAUGACGACAAAGAACUGCUAAUUGACAAACUGAAGAGCGCGCACACGAAUACCAAUGACUUCUAUAUGAAACAAUUGGAUCAAUGCAUGAAAGGGCAGACCGACGAAAUUAAUAAUAAAAUAACUGAAGUGUGUUUACCGAGUGGUCUGAUUAGUAAGUUUCCAUAUAAUAACUUACAAAUGAUGAUACAGGCGGGGGCUAAGGGGGGUUCAGUGAACGCCAUUCAAAUCUCAUGCCUUUUGGGCCAAAUCGAGUUAGAGGGUCGACGCGUCCCUCUUAUGAUGUCCGGCCGAUCUUUGCCUUCAUUCAAGCCCUACGAGACUGAUCCCCGUGCGGGAGGUUUUGUUGCCCAACGCUUUAUGACUGGUAUUCGUCCGCAAGAAUUUUUCUUUCAUUGUAUGGCUGGAAGAGAAGGUCUGAUCGAUACG